AUAGUGUUCGUAGUGGCCCUUAAAACCUAACCGCACCCAGACAACGUAAAACCUGAAGAUCUCGUUACGUUGCGUUGCAGCCAUGCCUAUAAUUUUAUAUUACCACCCCUUAUCGCAGCCGAGUCGUGCAAUCGUGCUGUUUUGCCGACUGAACAAAAUAGAUCAUGAGGCCAAGGUGAUCGAUUUAAUGAAAGACGAACAUAAAUCGCCCGAGUACACAGCUAUCCAGCCCUCACAAGUUGUGCCAGCAAUCAAAGAUGGUGACUUUUGUCUUGGAGAAAGCACUGCCAUUGUAAGGUAUCUUGCGACCAAGUACAAGGUAGCUGACCACUGGUAUCCAGCUGACCUCAAGGCUAGGGCACGAGUAGAUGCCUACCUGGCCUGGCAACACACCGGUCUCAGGAAAGCAGGCUGCGAUGUUAUGAUAAAUGAGGUGUUUACUCCAAUGUUUACUGGUAAAAAAGAUCAAGAGGCCGUCGACAAGUACGUCAAGAUUGCCGAAGCAACUAUUGGGAAAAUGAACAAGAUCUUCUUAAAGGGACAGAGGUUCUUGUGUGGAGAGGAAAUAUCAAUUGCUGACUUGUUCGCAAUAUGCGAGUUAAUACAACCGCUCUCAUGCCCGUCUGGCAAAGAUUUACUGAAGAACCAACCAGAAAUAGCUGAGUGGAUGAAACGGGUGGAAGCUAUCCUCAACCCAGACUAUGACGAAAUGAACAAGCAGUUGAAGAUGACGUGCGAACAAGCAUAACUUAGUGCACAUUAAAAUUCCACCGAAGUGAUACAUAGGCAAGACGAAAGUACUAGUAGUUGGUUCAUUUUAUUUGGUUGCAUUUAAUGUCUACUCAAGAGAUAUUUUAACGAGAAAUGAAAGAUACUUUUGUAUUUUGUAAAUACUGAACUGCAGUAAUACAAAUACAAUCUAUAUUGACAACUAAAUCCUAAAUGGCCUAUUCCAUGUCAUGUAGAGAAUUUAGGCAAUUAUUACAAAAUACCCGGUACCUGUACAAUGAUAGAUAAAUGCGCCGUAGGCCUAGUAUUUUCUAAAACAUUAACUGUAAAAUUACUUGAAAAGUUACAAGAGAACCAAACUAGUUAAUUACUAAACAACAGGAGUUAAUGGAGCGUAACUUAGGCCUAUACAUCAUAAUCUUAUUAUGACAUUAUCUGUAGGCCUGUUUGUUUUUACACAAUUUAUGUAUGUUAUAACCUUUUAAUUCAUAAUAAUCAAGAUUCCACAUCAACAUAUUCACUUUAAAUCAUACUGACAUCUAGACCUACUUAACUGUAACAUAGUAAUUAUGAUAUAAUAUGAUAGUAGGGCCUACAUUGUAGCAAAUGCGGGAUUUUCGAAAUUUUCAAAUAAAGCAGUAUACUUCACAUGUGUUUACUGCUCAUUCUUUUAUUGAAUUUCAUGUGUAAACAAGAUCACAUUGCACACUAUAGAAUUGAGCAGGCUGUUUUUAACGUGAACUUAAAAAAAA